AUGGCAGAGCAGCCAAAGCUGGUGACGGAAACGGCCGUCACCAAUGGACACGGGGAUGAAGCGGUCCCCGAGUUGCCAGCGUAUCUGUACGCCGUGCUAGAAAAACUGGCCCCGCGGGAAGGCUUCACGGAGGGCCGAUUCUCGAUCACGUUCGAUCUAGGCUCCAGCAAGGGCGAUGGGUUCGUCGGGCAGAUGUACAAGGCCAUCGUGACGGAAGGCGCUCGGAGCGUACCGUAUCUGUGCAAGAUACCACCGCUGGACGAUACGCGCCGUGAACAGUUCCACGCGAUGGCUGCCUUCGCCCGCGAGGCCCUCGUGUACGACAAGCUUCUGCCAAAGAUCUACGAGUAUCAACGGGAGAAGGGUUUAACAAGCCCCGGGGAAGGAUUCUUCCAUGCACCUCGGUGCUACCAUGCACAUUGUGAUGAGGCGACGCAAGAAUCGGUCAUCGUGAUGGAGGAUCUUCGGUUGCGCAACUUCCAGAUGUGGAACAAACACAAUCCAAUCGACUACGAUCAUGCGAAGCUCUUCAUGGAGCACAUCGGAAGGCUACACGCCGUUUCACUGGCCAUGAAACGGGACCGACCGGAGGAGUUCGAGCCGUUUAAGCUUGCGAAUCCUUUCGAUCCGCUGCUGGUAGAGGGCGGACCUUUCCACAACAUGCUACUGUCACAGUUCCAGAUGGUGAUCGAUGCGCUCGACGAGCAGGAUACCGUUGAGCGGACAAAGGUGGAGCAGCUGAAGCUGGAUAUCUUCGACGAAAUGCAACGGUGUGGAAAUGCGGCCCUAGCCGAACCGUACGCAGUGAUCAACCAUGGCGAUUGCUGGACCAACAACAUGAUGUUCCGAUACAAGGACGGAAAAGCAGACGAGAUAAUCCUCUUCGACUGGCAAGUGAUGCGCUACGUAUCGCCUGUGCUGGAUUUGGUCUACUUCAUUUUUUGCUGUACGGAUGAGGACUUCCGCAGGAAGCAUUACGACGGAAUGAUCGAUAUUUACUACCGCUCGUUGUCGGUCACACUCGAAAAGCUGCAGCACGCGGCCGACGAGCUGUUUCCUCGCGAUGCUCUGGAUGAGCAUCUUCUGCUGUUCGGUCGAUAUGGGCUGCUGAUGGGCAUGUUUCUCGUACCGAUGAUGUGCACCGAGGCCAACGAACUACCCAACAUGGAGGAGUUGGCGCAACGGAUGCAGCAGACGGAGCGUGGUUUGGACGAAAGCUUCUUCAAAACUACUGAAUCGAACAAAAGUGCGUUCCGGAAAAGGAUGAGCGGAGUCGUGAAGGACUGCAUACGAUUUGGGUACUUAUGAAGUGCAGAGCGUUUAAAGAUGGAAUAACAUGCAAAGAAAGGUGAACCAACGUGCGCACGCUUCCACUAGAAAAUCAGUAUUGCACUUUGAAAUUCUCGGAAAACGUUUACUCCCAGUUGAUGGAAAUACAAAAAGCACGAUGACAUACCCUUUGUAUCUCUUCUUUUUCUCGAUUGUGCUUUCUUCACAAUCAACUUGGAGAAAAGGAACCCUGCUCGUGGAUUUGUAAACCAAACCUUCAUUUUGGCGACACACGAUGCUUAUUUUCAAAUAAUAAAUCACUGUUUGAUUAAAUUGAAAUUGGAAAUUAUUUAAAUGCCUUCAUUGUACGGGAUGAUGCACGUCGCAGCUUACUAAGUUGGUUUACGGUAGGAUGUAGCAUGGCACACUGAGAACAUGGAUCGCUUUAUCGGACACAAUAGAGUGCGAGUCGAUAGCAAUCGGCCAUAAAAGGGUAGAACAAAACCAACACAUAAUUUGCCUAUGAUUAAUCGCCAUUAUAGACAUCACAUGUGUUGUAUGACCAAAAAUGGCCCUACUGUGUGCUCCAUAAUGAUAAGAUAAAAGUAGCGAUAAACUUGUUGGUAAACAUUAGCUUCACUUUGCACUCACAAAACAGUUCACUCCAGUUUACAACUGCACAGCGCACGAGCUUCUGA